AUGUUGAUAUUACAGUUUGGAUGGACACCAUUAAUGUUGGCCGCUGAGAGAGGACACCUGGAGGUAGUGAUGUACCUGGUCAGUCAGGGCAGUCAAUUAGAGACCAAAGGCAAGUUUGGAAGGACACCAUUAAUGUGGGCGGCUGAGUACGGACACCUGGAGGUGGUGACCUACCUCGCCAGUCACGGCAGUCAGUUAGAGGCCAGAGACACCGUGGAUGGAUACACAGCUUUACAUGGUGCUGCUGGGAAUGGACAGAUUGAUGUAACAAAAUGGUGUAUAGAUCAAGGAUGCAGCCCUUGGGUGAAAACAAAACAGGUAACAUUCAGUUUCAAUCAUAUUAGACAGAUACUUUAUUCUCUAAAAACUAAAUACCAGUCAACAGAGAAAGUAGAAUUACAAAUGAAUAUAAAUACAAAUACAAUAGUUGAGUGUAAACAGAUGCAGUACAAUAAUGUAAAAUGUAGUCCAACUUUAUGA